AUGGGUGCGGCCUUAUCGUCGAUGCUGGCGGCUCCCGAGUCGCUUCUGAUCUUAGCACUCGUCGCAACCGUCGCGUGGAUUGUCGUCAAGGUCCUAUUGCAGCCUAAAGUCCCGCAAAUUUACGUCGACACUUCCUACAUUACGGAGAAGCAGGAGGAGAGCAAAACCAAUCGAUAUAUUUAUUUUCCCCGCGGAGAGGGGUCAGCAGGCGACAGAGUGCAGUGCUACGACCCUGCCACGCUGCAAUACCUGGGCUUUUCGCCUGCCCUCAAGGCAUCUGACCCCAAGAGUUGGGCAAGGUGCGGUUGGAUGCUGGCUCUACUGCCAAUUUUUUCUCAUUGCCUUUCUCUCGUCUCCAAUUGCUUCUCUCUCCCUACCCACCUCAUUCUCCCCAGGGUAUCAGCCCGAGAGUCAGGCAAGGUGCUGGUGGAUGCUGGUGCUACUGCCGAAUCGGUCCUCUCUCAUUGCCCUUCUCUCAUCUCCCACUGCUUGGUGUCUCAUCCCUGCCAUGCCCACCUCAUUCUCUCCAGAGUAUCAGCCCGUGAGUCGGGCAAGGUGCUGGUAGAUGCUGGGUUUGGUGAGAUCCUGACGACGUGUGAGAAGAUAGCGUGGCUGCUAAACGAAGGGGAGAGGUGGCUGAAGCCUGAAUACAGGUCUGUGGGUCGGACCAUGAUGCACAAGGUGGCCAGAGUGGAGUUUGAGCCAGCAGGAGUGAUUGGCGCCAUAGUGCCGUGGAACUACCCCUUUCACAACGUGCUUAAUCCCGUGCUGUCUGCCGUGUUUGCCGGCAAUGCUGCUGUCAUCAAGGUAUCAGAGUAUGCGAGCUGGGGUGCUCACUACUACCUGGACAUCAUCCGCACGGCACUCAAGGCUGUUGGGGGCCCGCCCGAGCUUGUGCAUGUGAUCACGGGCGUGCCCCCCUCGUUACUUAGGGAGCUGGGAGGCAAGGACGCGUUUAUAGUGUGUGAUGACGCAGACUUGAAGCAGGUUGUCCCCAUCGCUCUGAGGGCUGUGUUUCAGUGCAGCGGGCAGAACUGCAUUGGGGCAGAGCGGUUCUUUGUACAGGCCGGCAUCUACGACCAGUUUGUGGGGGAGGUGGUAUCUGUGGCGCAGCAAAUGAGACUGGUAGGAGGCCAGUUUUACCCGCCCACCGUACUCGUUAAUGUGCGCUCCACUAUGCGCAUACUGCACGAGGAGGUGUUCGGCCCUAUAAUGUGCAUCGUGAAAUUCGAAAAUGACCAAGAGGUGGUGGCGGCGGCGAAUGACUGUCCGUUUGGGCUCGGGUGUUCAGUGUUCUCGGGGGAUAGGAGGCGGGCGGUUGCUAUCGGGGCAGCGGUGCAGUGCGGUAUGGUGGCUAUAAACGAUUUUGGCAGCACCUACAUGUGCCAGUCGCUGCCGUUUGGUGGGGUGAAGGAGAGCGGUUUCGGCCGGUUUGCAGGGGUGGAGGGGCUGAGGGGGUGCUGUAACGAGAAGGCUAUUGUGGAGGACAGGUUCUUCUCUUUGGUCAAAACCAGCAUUCCUCCUCCUCUCCAGUACCCCCUCGCACCCAACGCAGUGCCAUUCCAACAGGCUCUGGUGCGCAUGUUCUUUGCUCACACCUUCCUAGCCCAGCUCUCUGGCCUCUUCCACCUGCUGCUGGAGCUCCUGCGCUCUCCCAAGAGGACAAACACACAGCAAGGCUCAAGCUCGGUCGCCCGUGGUGCUGGUGCAGCGUCUGCAGCACGGCGCAAUUCAGGUGUAGCUGCAUCGGGUGGUGAGAGGCCGCAUAUUGAGUAA